AUGUCGACAAACUCCUUCUUGCGAAGCGUAGCUCUGCUCGCUCUCGUAGGCACUUCCGCCGCCGUGCCCGUCGUUUCAGAGGCUCAGACAACAGUCUCUUCAUCAGGUGUCGCUGCACCAAUCAGACCGUACACCGAUGUGACUUCUCACGGUCCCUACACCGGAACGCCUACUACCACCGGUGCUGUGUCGACGACCGUUCUUGCAUCCGCCGUGGCGCCCAAGCCUCCACCACCAGGCUCUUAUGAUUACCCUGCCAACGGCAAGCUGAACGCUCCCCAGCCUGCGCCUUACACCCCCGAUGGCGGUGUCGGCACCAACGGUUCUGCACCUGUGUACCGUGUUCAGAGCGACUUUGACUACCAGUCUCUCGCUCUCGCUCUGUACCAGGAGUGGAUCGAGCUCGAUCUUUUCCGCUGGGGUCUCGCUACCUUCUCCAAGGAGGAAUUCGACGCCUACGGCAUUGGCGCUGAGGACCGUUAUUUGAUCGAGUACAUGGCGCAGCAAGAAAUUGGCCAUGCUACUGUCAUCAGCAACAUGCUCGGUCCCCAAGCUCCCAAGCAGUGCACGUACAACUACCCCGUUUCCAACGUCCCCGAGUUCAUCGACUUCAACCAGAAGCUCACCCGCUGGGGCGAGUCUGGUGUUUACGGAUUCUUGCCCCAUCUCAACUCUGGACCUGCUGCUCAGUUGUUGCUUCAGAGUAUUACUAUUGAGGCGCGUCAGCAGAUGAUCUUCCGCCAGUUUGGUGGUAACUUUGCUAUGCCUGAGUGGCACACUCCUGGUAUUCCACAGAGCUGGGCUUGGACUUUGCUUGCUCCGUAUAUUUCUAGCUGUCCUGCCGAUCAGACUCGCCUUGUGUGGCAGAACUUCCCAUCUUUGAACAUUCUUAACCAGCCUAACCCUGCUCGCAUCAACGGGUCUAAUGUCUGGAAUGAGACUACUGGUGGAUACGCCAACACUCUGUCUACCGCCGACAUCGAGGAGGAUGAGCUCUGUGUCAAUGCUACCGACAAGACUCUUGACUGCCCCGCUGCUAUCACCAACAACCGCAGCAUCCCUCUCUCCUACCCCGGCCGCCAGGUCUUCCUCAACUGGGACGCACCCGGCCAGGCCGUCGGCCCCAACAACAGCUACAUCACCUCCACCAACGUCAAGGCGCCCAAGUUCGCCGCAUGGGUAUCUCAACUCAACGUGACCUACUCUCCUCUGCAGAACAUCAGUCUCGAGGAUCGCACAGCCUACACUAUCCAGCCCAACGUUUCCACCUGGAUGGGCGACCCUGCUAUCAACAGCACCAUGUUCCUCGCUUUGACGGAUUCGGAUGUUUAUGUUACGCCUUACAACCUUACUAUGCUCAACCCUCACGUUGCUGCUCUGGCUGUUUACCAGGCUGGUUAA